UGCGGCGCUACACGGAGCACCUCGGCCCGACGGGCGGCGCCGCUACACGCAGCCUUACGGCGGCGGCCGCCGGGCUACCCCCGCACCGCCAGCGGAUGGGCGCCGGGCCGGUGCCGCGGCAACAUGGCAGCCGAGAUCCACUCGCGGCCGCAGAGCAGCCGGCCCGUCCUCCUCAGCAAGGUCGAGGGGCACCAGGAUGUGGUCAGCGCCGCGCUCCUCAUCCCCAAGGAGGAUGGAGUUAUUACGGCCAGUGAGGACAGAACAAUACGAGUAUGGCUGAAGAGAGACAGUGGACAGUACUGGCCCAGCAUCUAUCACACCAUGUCAUCGCCGUGUUCAGCCAUGGCAUAUCAUCACGACAGCAGACGGAUAUUUGUAGGCCAGGAUAAUGGAGCUAUCAUGGAGUUUCAUAUUUCAGAGGACUUUAAUAAGAUGAACUUUGUGAAAACCUAUCCAGCUCAUCAGAACCGAGUGUCUGCUAUUACUUUCUGUCUGGCAUCAGAGUGGGUUAUCAGCACUGGUCAUGACAAGUGUAUCAGCUGGAUGUGCACCAGGAGUGGGAGUAUGCUUGGGAGACAUUACUUCACCUCUUGGGCUUCGUGUCUACAAUACGAUCACGAGACUCGGCACGCCUUUGUUGGUGACUAUUCUGGACAGAUCACUCUCCUGAAGCUUGAGCAGAACACGUGCUCAGUUAUCACCACACUCAAAGGGCAUGAAGGAAGUAUUACUUCUCUGUGGUGGGAUCCUGUCCAACGCCUGCUCUUCUCAGGUGCCUCUGACCACAGCAUUAUCAUGUGGGACAUUGGUGGAAGGAAGGGGCGAACACUGCUGCUCCAAGGACAUCACGACAAGGUGCAGGCUAUCUGUUACAUCCAGCUGACACGGCAGCUCGUAUCUUGUUCAGCUGAUGGGGGAAUUGCAGUUUGGAACAUGGAUAUCAGCAGAGAAGAGGCUCCUCAAUGGCUUGAAAGUGAUUCCUGUCAGAAGUGUGAACAACCUUUCUUCUGGAACAUAAAGCAAAUGUGGGACACAAAGACUUUAGGGCUGAGACAGCAUCACUGCAGGAAAUGUGGGCAAGCAGUGUGUGGCAAGUGCAGUACAAAACGGUCAAGUUACCCCAUCAUGGGAUUUGAGUUCCAAGUCCGUGUCUGUGAUUCCUGCUUUGAGUCCAUCAAGGAUGAAGACCGUACUUCCUUGGCAACCUUUCAUGAAGGAAAACACAACAUCUCACACAUGUCCAUGGAUAUCUCCAGAGGGCUGAUGGUGACCUGUGGGAGUGAUCGGAUCGUGAAGAUCUGGGACAUGACUCCAGUGGUUGGCUGCAGCCUGGCGACCGGCUUCUCCUCACGCUGACCUCCGGCGGGCAGGGCUGAGCACCUUCUGUACAGCAAUAGGCACCGGCUGCCGGGAGUCCUCCUCCUGGCAUGACUGCAAACACUGGGCGCUUGAUUCUUCCCUGCUGCUGCUGCUCCUCCAGGACACACGGUCACCUCUGCAGAGCACAGCUUUUCUGCUGGGCUCCCCAAGCACCCCUUUGGUGCAGAAGUGUGGGUUUGCAGCCUCUUGGACUAAUGUCAGGUGGCUGACCUGCUCCAUGACGCCUUGAUGGAAGGACCUGGUGUAUCUCAGUUUACAUACGUAGCGUUAACAAUGUGCUGUCUCUGCUGAUAUAUCCUGUACAGACACCUCGUAGCCUACAUGUUAUCAGAGUAAAAUGAGUGUAGUAAAUCCAGUUUGUGCAACUAGUAGAAUAACUUCCAAAAAACAAAAAGGGUUCUGUAGAAACAGUUCUGAGCAGCCCCUGGCUGAACUGCCUCCAAAAGGUAUGCUUGUUGUUCUUGUGCAAGGAGGAGGAACUUCAGAGUGGCAGGGAGCUUCUUUUUGAUGAGGCAGAGAACCUUUAAUCACAGAUUUUCUUUGCUGGCAUUCAUGUAGUGUGUGUCUUCAGGUUGAGUUAGUGCAGUCUGUGUUGUGGGACAGCUGUUCUGCCUGGGUAGCUGGUGUGUCUCUGAACAACUCCAGGCGCUUUAGCUCUUGUUUUAGCGUAGCUAAUAAACUCUGGAUCUUAGGAGAACAUGCAGCCCAGCUACUCUACUCUAAAGACAGGUCCUAGGCAUGAGCCAUAUGCUUUGGCAAGUCUGUGUGGCUGUUAGAAUGGGAAGCUAGGCACAACUCUGCCAUGUUAAAUGGCUAACUGAAAAAGGCCAGCUCAACCUUAGAGACUUUUCCUGUGGAAAGGCUGAUACUUUACUGGUAAGGAGCCUGCCUCUGCCAAAAUGCAGCAUAAAAUCAAAUACUGCCUUGGUCUUGCUUAAAACAGAUAAAUGCUGAGCAAUAACUACCCAGAUACAAAAGAUCUGCAGUUUUCCCUACUCCUAGGUCUUUUAAUGCUGAGGUAUCAACAUCAAAUCCUUCCCUGUUUCGAAGCUGAGAAGUAUGAAGAAGACCUAGGAGGUUUUCAUUACUUUGCAGUUGGCACAUAGCAGGAAAUACCUAGUGGGGCAGUUGAUAAAUUGGCUGCUGGUUGUGUAAAUCUCCUACAUUUGUAGACUGUGAGGAGAAUGAAGUUCUGAAAGCCAGGAAUUUAGAGCGUGGAGCUGGUUAGUUCUGAAACCAGCUGCGUAUCUGUGAGGACAAAAAACGUGGGCAGGUUGGCUGGCCCAGAAUAGGUGGUGUUGCACAACUAUCAAAGGUAGAAGGCUUCUUUCUGGCAGAGGACUUAAGGGUUAGACUGACUUUAUUUACAGGAGCAAUCAAGUGGUGCUGUGGGUGUUGGUGAACUCAAGGCCAAGGCGUGUAACUUAACACUAAUAAUCACUGUUGGAGCAUGCUGUGAGCUGAAAAAGAUGAAGGCGGUAACGACUCACUUGUAUUUUAAGCCAAAAAGCUAAUAGUCUCCAAAGGGCAUUAGGAUCCAGGCUAGGUUAGUUACUCUUGGGUUGGAUCUGGUUUUGCCUGCCUUUCCAUGGACCUUCUCUGGAAGUUUUGUCAGGAGGCUUUCAGUUUGCUGAAGAAUAAGGAAAGUCCUCUUGUGUUCUUGCCUUCAGUUGAGCAUUUAGCACUCAUCGCGCUGAUUCGAUUCAUUCCUCGCUACCUUUUUUGUCCAGGCUUAUUUCUAAGCUACUGGAGAGAAAAUCAGCUGGUACUGGAAAAAAGUUGCAGCUUUCUGCUCUGAAGGCCUUCACCCUGGUGAGUUAGGAGGGAAUCUGAUUAAAGGGGAGAAUAAAGUUGUCAUUCACUUUCAGACUUCUUCCUGUCUGGCUCAGGAUGAGAACAGAGGCCUUCUGCUGUGCAGUGUCUAAGGCAACAAGCGAGUUACCUUGCUAGAAGUGCUUCAGAUCUUGCUGUGGUAGGUAAGGAGGAUCUGGAGCGAGGAGUUAAAUCUGGAGAUGGAUGCAGGUUUGGGAUGAGUAGUGUAUCUUUCACAUCAGAUGUUCUGAAGUUUACACCAGUGAUACUAAGGUGUAACUCCUUUGCCACUCACACUCCUCAGCUCCAGCUCUUAGUUUUGACUAGUCAACAUGGCCCUGCUCAGCAUACAGCUCCUCCCAUCCCUGUGAAUACUUCCUCGGCUUCUUUAGUUUUGCAACUAGAUUAUAUAUUCUCUACUCCAUAUUGUUAAGCCUAAGGAAUCUAUUUUCUAUAACUGAUAUACUUAAAGAUAGUGCCACUUGAGCUAUAACAGAACAAUUAUGGCUGCUAAAUCAUUAAUCAUCUAAGUGUAGUCUGAAUAUUGACUGAGUGAUGCUUACAGACCACUAUGGGAUGGUGGUUUUGUUAACAAGCAACUCUUUUCAAGGCACACUCUCCUUCAUGAAACCAAACACAACUAGUUCAGCUCACACGUGCAGUUACUGAGACAGCUUGAUUUGAAGCAUUACUGAUCUUGCCUGUAGAACCUCUUUCACUGGGGCAAGGAAGGGGAGCAGAGGGUACUAAUCUGUGCUCAUUCUUUACUAGUUGUAUUUCUGUACCCUGUGUAGUGAAGAGAUGCUAUAUAAAGCUGUCCCUCGUUCCUUCUUGUCUGUUUUUUAAACUUUGAUUACAUGGACAAUAAAAUAUUUCUUGAUAUUCA